CUUUAAUUGGUUUGUAAUGUGAGUCAGAAUGCAGAAACUGAACACACCAACAACAUGCGUUCUUUCGCUCUCUCGUUCGCUCCGCUGCCAAUCACUUCCAUAUUUUCGAAAUCCCAGUUUUGCCCUUCUUCCUCGUGUCGCGUUCUCUGUCACGUCGGUUCCAAUUCCAAUGCCCAACGCCACCUCGCUGCGGACCACAACUUCGUCCUUCACGACGCUCUCCACGCUUCUGGAAUCGACACCACACACGCUAGAGAAGCUAGAGAGCAAUUCUGCUUACAAAUUGGGAGAUUUAGUGAUAUUGAGAAGCAAACCAGCAUUUGUAUCAACAGGUGUGUUGAUUUGGGGAGAACUGCUCUCUACAUAGCUGCAGAGGAUGAUUCUUUGGUAUCACAUUCAUCAGUUCCACUUCCCGUGGAUGAUUUCGUCACCAGAUUAGACGAUCUUUCCAUGGACUAUUGUCCUCACUACAGCCCCAAAUAUGAAUCAUCGCCUGAGAAGUUUUUAGAGAGCAUCGAGAGGUUUCUAUAUGUUCACAAGGGUUUCAGGAGAGCCAAUACAAAUAUAUUGGAGCCAAGAGCUCUUUAUCUCCACUCGGUUUUGACCCAUCGUUCGGGAUCUCCUGCAAUGCUAUCGCUUAUAUACUCAGAAAUUCUGAAAAUGCUUCGUCUGUGGAGCCUUUUGUAUUUUGAUGCUGAAAUUUUCUUCCCUCAUGAUGCUCUUAGCCUUCCCAAAGGCUAUCAUAAGCAGAAAAGCAAGGAGUCAGACCAAGCUCACAUAAUGACUUCAGGAAACCUAUUAGUUGAGAUCUUAAAUGAUCUGAAGCAUGCAUUCUGGCCUUUUCAACAUGAUCACACCAAAACUUUAUUCUUAAGGGCAGCAACUGCCGCUAACUGUGUUGACAGAUCUGAUUUUGUUGGAGAAAGUGGCUCAGAAAUUGCAUCAGCUAAGGCUGCUCAACAUAGACUAGACCGAGGUGUUUGGACCAGUGUGCGUUUUGGGGACAUGAGGCGUUCUUUGUCUGCGUGUGAGCGUCUUAUUCUGUUGAAAAAUGAUGCAAAUGAAUUAAGAGAUUACAGCAUUCUUCUCUAUCACUGUGGAUUAUACGAGCAGUCUCUGGAAUACCUGAAAAAGUACCGGGAACAACAGAAUUCAUCAACACAAGAGACAUUAUCAUCAAAGUCUCUUAGCAGCCUGGAAGAAGAUGCCGUGAAUAACCUGAUGCUGCGCUUGAAUCUGAUCCUGAUGGAGCAAGGGUGGACUCGGCCAUCUUAUGCCAGGAAUUUUCUUGGUAAUAACUCUGAACCAUGGUAGUUCGUUCCUCUUCAUUCUUGAUGGAGACAACAUGGAACAACAUUUGCAUCAAACCAAAGGUACGAGGCAGCAAGUUUUGUUGUAUUUUCUGGACACCAAGAGUGAGAUGUUGUUUUUGCAAUAGUUUGAAUGCUUUGGAACCAUACAAAUAAAAGGGUGUUCGCAACUGCUGAAGUGGACGAGAUUGUGCAAGGAAGAGCAAUAUAAGAUUCACACAUAUGAUGAUUGAAGGUAACAACCAUAUAAUUAUGUAGGUAGCUAUGAAAAUUCUGUACUAUUACCGUGUUUUAGUAAUUAUAUAUAAUUGUGUAUGUAUGUAUACCUUAUGCACAUUUCCUCUGUACAAUUCAUGUAUAUACUACUGAACAGGUUUUUCCUCUGACAAAGUAAUGAGAUAUGAUAUCAGAAGCAUUAUUACUGAA